AUGAGAGACUUGGAAUUUGAAGCUAGGGAUCAUGUUUUUGUCAAAGUCAUCCCAAUGAAAGGGCACACAAGGUUUGAGAAGAAAGGGAAAUUGUCACCCCAAUACAUAGGACCAUUUCAGAUUUUAAAAAGAUUGGAUUUGGUUGCCUACCAGAUUGCUUUACCACCGGGCAUGGAGAAAGUGCACAAUGUGUUCUACAUAUCAAUGUUGCAAGGCUACCUUCGAGACCCUUCUCAUGUUAUUGACUAUCAUCAGAUUAUGCUAGAUAACGAUAUGGUUUAUGAGGAGAAACCUAUCCAAAUCCUUGAUCAGCAAGUUAAACAACUAAGGAACAAGACUAUCUUAAUGGUAAAAGUUGAAUGGAGGGAACAUCAUAGAAAUGAAGCCAUUUGGGAAUAG